AUGGCCGGCGCAAAGGGGAAGAAAAAGCAAUCGCGCCUUGCCUUUGCCCCGAUCCAAGACUCUCCACCGUCCCAUCGAACGGAUGCAUCUCAAUCAGCGCUUACGCCAUCUAGACUUCGAUAUACGAAUCCGUUUACUGGGAAUAUUACCGUGAGGGGACAGUUGCAGUUGGAGGAUUAUGUGAGAAGUUGGGGAAAUUCGAUGGUGGGCGGUGGUGAUAAAGAAGAGUUGGCCGAGCCCGGGCAACCUUCAUCUGAGCUUGAUGCGAAGCGGAAUUUAUCAAAUAGCUCCUCCAAACAGACUAAACCUGAUCCUAUAUCAAUCCCCCAAGAAGCUUCAUCCGAUGACGAAGUCAUUCGACCUUCCAAACGACGACGGAUCGCAACUGGCGCGGUGAACGAUAACGGGUCCGACCAAGAUUCUCAUACGUCAGCUUCACCGAGCGAAGAGAACAACUUACAAAACAACGAUACCACAGACGACGACUUCGAAAUGGGACGCCGUCCGACCAAGCGAACCCCGCAUAGACGGAGUCAGCGACUCCUCGCGAGCUCACCGACAGAGACUAAGGCACGCAGGAACUCCUUGAAAACGGACUUGUCAAACAUAAGAGAACCGGAGGACAGUGAUGCAAAUGAGCUGGCAUCUCCUGGCACUCAUCGCAAGCGCACCAGCCGUCCAAGCCGCAAGCAAAAAAGCCCAUCUGUCAUUGAUCUCGACGACUCGGACGUGGUUAUUACAAGUCACCAGCGGAAGAAACGCAAGCAAAAUGAUCAACCCAACCAUGAGCAGGUAGAUGAAGGAGAAGAUUCGGAUGAUGAUAUUAUCGCUCCUACCCCGUCACGACGCAGCUCUAGGAAGUCACCACAGAAAUCCGUUGAUACUGGUAGUGAAGAGCUUCCAAAGACUCCAAGAAAAUACUCUCAACAAGACGAGCUGGAUCUUGAAGAGGACUUGGAGGAUCUCAGGGACACAGUCGUUCGAGAAAAGCGUACACGUGGUUCGGCGGUCAACUCAGCCAGGAGCAACCGUCAGAAACAUCUAGAAAUGCUACGACGCCGUCGUGCUGGCGAGAAGGAUAUUUCCGAGGAAGAGGACGAAGACGAGCAAGAAGAUGAAGAAGAAUCUCAGCCGCACUAUGCAAGCACCGCUGGUAUGAACUGGGAUGACUACUCAAGAAUACGAGACGAUUCAGACAGCGACGCCGCAUCGAUCAUCGAAGCGAAUGAGGAUCUUGACGCAGAUGACUCCUCAUUUGUUGAAGAUGAUGGCGAACUAGGCGUCCCUGUCAAUGUCCCCUUUGAAUUCAGCCGCCACCGCACAAAGACUACCCGAGACUGUUUCCGUGACGUCGUCGAAUGGAUGGUUCACAGCAAACUCAACCCAGCAUUCCACCGCAACGACGAUGUAUACAAAUUCGCAUUCAUAAAGAUGAGCGAUGAAGUCGUUGGACGAGCCGGGUCGCAACUGAUAUCUACUGUAUGGAAUGCAGAUUUUGUGAACACGUUGCGUGCUCGUCCUCAUCUUGAUGUUACUGCGUAUCCGCUCGAUGAGGGUCAUAAGUGCGACGCCUGCAAUCGGUCAAAGCAUCCGGCUUCUUCAGAUCUCAAAUUUACCGGAAAGCCAUACUCUGAGGAGACCCUUGAACCGCUAUACGAAAGUGACGAUAGCGACAGUGACGGUAGUGAUACUAGUGAUGUGGAUGGGAACAGCCACGACAGAGAUCGCGACGGCCACAUUUUGCCGUCUGAAGAUAGGCAUUAUUACCUCGGCAGAACAUGCAAAUCUAAUGCCGUCCUUACCCACACUCUAAUCCACUGGCGCUUCCACCUCUACGAGUGGGUGGUCGACUACCUCAACCACAAAGAAGAGCUACUAUCAAACCCGCAGAAAUCCCUUGAACGGGAGAAAAUGUCGGCCAAGAAACGAACCAAAUACGCCAACCAUGUGGUUGAUCAGAUGGAUGAGGAUGGGGAGGUGCAGCGUCUGUGGACUGAUUUCCAUCAGACUAUUCGGACGGUUAGGGAGAUGAAGGACGUUCGUCAGUUCUGA